AGCAGCUAUUAUUUUCAAGAUUUGCAUGAGGUACGUUAAUGUACCUAUAGUAAAUUUAUAAUAAACCGAUGGAAUAAUUGAUAUAAUAUAUUAUUUUUAUUUUGUUGACGUUGUCUAAGGGAAAUUGUUGUUCUAACUGCAUGAAACUGACUAAUCGUGACCAAAUGUUUUGGUAAUAUUCGUAAAGUUGAUUGACAACAUAAAACAUCAGCAGCCAGCAGAAGUGAAUUUUUGAUAUCACCACGCCAUAGCAUCUCCAUUGGAACGUCAAUUUGUUUCGACGCUACAAUACAACAUGGCGAUUUUCCGUGGACACUAACAGAUUUACCGCUUCCUACGGAGUCGAAAGGGUUGCAGCUGUUGACGCCUGCCGAAGAAAUACACCCGAUUGAGGAUGAUGCAGAGUUGCAAUCUUUUAUAGAAGUCAACAUGCUUAUUCUCGGGGACGAAGUCGAUGCGGGGAAAUCCAUUUGGAUUAGCGGGUUCGCAAAGUCCUUUAGGUACUCAUCCUUCGACGAAGCAUUGGUUAAACCUGGUAUCCCCAUCUCUUUGCAUUUUGAGAUACUGGAUCACGAUUUUCGCAAACAUGUCGUAUCUGCUCAUUGCAUUAGCGCUGGCGACGAUACGGUGUCGCCUGAGGACACGAUUACCCUCACAAAAUACCAUGUAAAUAAAGCCGGCCGAUUUAUACGCAUGCUGAACGCACCCUCGGUUCACGACGGUAUCAAUGCAGCAGAGAUCCGUCAAAUAGCGGAAGCCAUCUGCAAAUAUUUGGUUGGAUACAAUGAGCUCCACGGCAUCUGUAUCCUGCUGAAAUCUCGCACUGGAAUGACGCCGGCGUUGUAUGAGUUGGUGAAUACCUUACUGAGUCGCCUGCAUUGUGAUGUUAUCUGUAAUAUCGUCUUCAUCUUCACCGAUGCCGGGUCGCCGCUAAAUCUGCCGGUUGACACCUUAGCGAAACUACAGCAAUGGAAAAAUGCAGGCGUCGAAAUCAACCAAGAAACAUUGUACUGCUACGACAACGACGUGUUCCGGUUUAGGCUAGCGGUGGAAAAUGGGGUCCAGUUCUGUGCCGCUGUGACCAAACAUAUGUCAGGUUACUGGACGAUCGCUGUACAGGAAGCCACACGGUUAGUCGCGCACAUAUUCGCGGUAUUUCCGUACACGAUACGAGCCACAUUUCCGAUAUCUAAAGUUCGAAAACUGUUUGAAUUACAUGUAUUUGUGGAGAUUAUCGCGGCCGAGGCGCGUUAUAGUGAUUACCGGGUGUGCCGUUUGCCGGAAGAGAAGGACAGUGAAACUGCCAAUAUGGAACGCUAUUCUACGCAAUUUAAAGGGCUCAGCAAUGACGAUAGCCGGCAUGGUGAAGGAAGACCGUGACUGUUUUUCGCGGCGGCAAAAGCUCGCUGCAUCCGGAAAGUCAACGCUGCGAUGCCAGGCAAAGAUAUCAUGGAAAAGCUGUUGAUUAAUCUAGUGGCUAAGCGAAGCAAAGAGAAUGCUGAUGGAGAUGGUCGCCAAGCACUGUAGGCUCGCGAGAAUGAAUUACGCGGCUACCGGGGUUAUAGAACAUUGUUCAUCAAAGUGUGGACUGGAGCCCUCCAAAUUCCACUGAAAUACGAUGAGAAAAGAUACCGAUUAACACUAGAGGGUAUUUUGGAUGAUGUUGAAGUGCUAAAAAAAGUGCCGGUUUAUCAUUCCUUCUUCCAGAACCUUUAACUGAGUGCCUGGUACAGAAUCUGCACUAAAAUCUAGUUUUCUGGGUUUUUUCACGUAUCUAAAAAUUCUGAGCUCCUUGUGAGAUUUCAAGAGAACUGCUGUUUAUAUGGUUAUGUUUUCUUCAAAUUAUAA